UCACUUAAAUGGUUAGAAUGAUUACUGAACCACUUUUAAGUAUAUAAUUCUUCUUUUUCAACAUACAAUAUAAUUUCUAAUAAUAAAUCUUGCAGUUACAAAUAAAGGUUUAGCGCUCCUCACUAAUUCAAUUACCGGUGUUUGAAUUAAAUUACAUCACAAAAUCAUUUCUAUAGGACUUGUACUGGAUAAUACAUAUUGAGUCUUGUUUAUUUCUUUCUUUUAAUUUUAUAUAAAAGUUAUUGCGCUAAAAUGUCUGUUUAUUCAUGUUUAAUAAGUUUUGUUGUGGCCAUAAUGUCUUAUAUGAUGUAUCAACGUUAUGCCAGAGAAUAUAGUAGUUUAAUAUUAAAACCGGACAAGCGAUAUGAUUACAUUAUUGUCGGUGCGGGAACUGCUGGUUGUGUGCUAGCCGCUCGCCUCUCAGAAGAUCCUGGUACAAAAGUACUGUUAGUAGAAGCAGGUGAUCACAUGAGUUACUUCACAAAGAUCCCUCUUACUGCUACCGCUGCGCAACAGGGUCCGAAUGACUGGUCAGUAAGGACCACGCCGCAAAAGUACUCUUCAUUCGGCCUUUGGAGACAGAGACAAUUUCUCCCGCGGGGCAAAGGUCCAGGAGGGUCAGGUCAGAUAAACUUCCUCCUCCAUGGAUUCGGCCUUCCCGAAGAAUACGAGAACUGGUCCCGUCUAGGCUUCAGAGGGUGGACAUUUGAAGAACUUAAACCUUACUUCAUCAAAGCAUUCGGCACCGUGCGAAACGAAUUUGAUUCUGAUCAUUGUUCUGUGGAUGGGGAUUGUCCAGGGCAUACAGUUCCAAUGAAAUUAAAGAUGAUCGAAGAGGAGAAUGAAUUGAUGAGGACGUUCAGGCAUGCCAGUAGUUAUUUGAAUACGAAACAUAUGAUAUUUAGGAAGACAACAGCCACGAUCAAAGAUGGUACACGCCAUGUAUCCUGGGAUGCUUAUCUAAAACCAGCUCUACGUCGAAGAAACCUCCAUGUAUUACUGAAAACGCAAGCCAUUUCGAUUCGAUUUGAAAAUAUCACGGCAUCUUCAGUUUACAUACUAAGAAAUCACAGAGAGCUGGACAAUAUAUUUGUAAACAAAGAGGUUAUAUUAGCUGCUGGGACGAUCAAGACUCCACAAUUACUAAUGUUAUCAGGAAUAGGACCUAGAAAACUGAUACAUAAAUUAAAAAUAAAACUCGUAGCAGCUAAUGAGCACGUCGGCAGGAACUUCCACGAUAAUAUGAAUAUGCCAAUCUACGUAAGCAUCAGAAAACCUAUCAGCAUCACUUUAGCUAAAGUUUUCACCUUUAGCACUGCGUGGGAAUAUUAUUCAGCUAACCGUGGCUAUCUAUCAUACCCACCAGUGGCAGGAAUAGAGUACAGUAACACCUCUUCAUUAAUAUUGUUUUCAAUGGGAACAGCUAGUGAGAGGUUACUUCGAGAUCUUUCUAAUUACAAACCAAAAGUUUUUCGAGAUACUUUUGUUUUUCACAAUGACACAUCCAAAGAAGGUUUCAUGUUCCUCGCGAGUUGUAUACAACCUAAAAGCAGGGGAACUAUCACAUUAAAAGGUCCCAGUACAGCAGUGCCACCUGUGGUCAACCCUAACUAUUUACAUCGGAUCGAAGAUAUUAAAUGCAUGAUCAGAGCCAUUCGUCGUGCUGAGCAGUUAAUACAGACAAAAGCUUUCCAAGACAUCGGUGCUAAGAUUCAUUGGCCCAGACCAGAAAGAUGUCUUGCUUUCUGGAACUACACAAAAACAGACCAGAAGGAACAAGAUAACUUACGGAAAAGAAGGUUUCAUACAUCGCCUGAGUUAAAAAGUCCUACAAGUAAGUCUUCAAGGCUAACAAGUCCACCUGAUGAAUAUCUAGAGUGUGUAAUCAGAGAAGUGGCUGUCACCGGCCAUCACGCAGCAGGCACCAGCGCCGGAGGAACUGUGGUGGACAACCAGCUCAGAGUCAAAUCAGUGACAGGUGUUCGUAUAGUGGAUGCUAGUAUAUUUCCGUCUCCAAUAUCACUGUUCCCGAACUCCGUGCUCACAGGAAUAGCGGAAAAAGCAGCUGAUAUUUUGAAAAGAGAACAUUGAUAUUGUCACUCUAGAAGAAAUAUAUCUGUAAUUGUAACCAAGACAGACGCUGAUUUGCUGGAGACACGA